UUGACGUUGGAGCCGUUGCGGCCGUUGGAGCCGUUGCGGCCGUUGCCAUGCACUCCCUCGCGGAGGAGAUCCGCAGCUUCUCGAAGGCGAACCUGCGGAAACAGUGCACCAGGGUGACGACGCUGACGGGGAAGAGGAUCAUCGAGACGUGGCGCGGUGCGUGCGUGCAAGUGGUGGAGGAGACGGCGCCCGGCGAUGGCGGCGGCUGCGGUUACGUGCCCGAUCUCAGCGCCGACCUGCAAGUCGGCGUCGUGCGGCCCUGGCUGCUGCUGGGGUCGCAGGAUGCUGCUCAUGAUCUGGAAACAAUGAGGAAGCACAAGGUUACCCAUGUUCUAAAUGUAGCAUAUGGAGUUCAAAACGCCUUCCUCAAUGACUUUGUAUACAAGAGCAUCUCUAUUCUGGAUCUCCCAGAAACUGAUAUCACCUCCUACUUCCCAGAAUGUUUUGAGUUUAUUGAGAAAGCCAAGAUCCAGGAUGGUGUGGUACUGGUUCACUGUAAUGCAGGAGUCUCUCGUGCAGCAGCAAUAGUCAUUGGCUUUCUAAUGAAUUCAGAAGGACUCAGUUUUGCUAGAGCUUUUUCUUUGGUGAAAAAUGCGAGGCCUGCUGUUUGUCCAAACGCUGGCUUCAUGGAGCAGCUUCACAAGUACCAAGAACACAGUAAAAAGGCAAAUGGAAGCAUAAAUGAUCAUGACUGAUCAAGAGGGAGAUGUGAAACAAUCUGUUUUGACUACACGGUGACAGAUGUUGGAUGCACUUUAAUCUUGCAGUCUUUUUGCAUUUGCUUUUCACGUGAGGUUUAAAUUCAUUCUUCACACRUUUUUUUUCUGUAUUCCCUCCCCGCAUCUUUCUUUGUCAUCUAGUCUAGAGGCCAAAUGGUGUCUUAUUGACUUCAGAGAUGAUUUG